AGUUGGUAGUGAGGCUCCGUCACUAACUAUGCUACCGAAAGACGAUAGUAAAACUCAUCGACCUCAAACGCUUAGUUUACCUAUCAUUACAUCUAGAUAUCGAAAAUUAACAGGAAGUCCGCUAGAGAGUCCAAGAAAUGCAUCUCCUCACCAACAGCCUCAUUUCUCUUUCUUGCCACCUAAAAAGCUCGAUGGCCGAAGAUGGUCUGUAGCGUCUUUACCUUCAUCUGGAUAUGGCACUAAUACUCCUGCCAGCUCUAAUGUUUCGUCUCAAUACUCGUCUCAUGAACGCUUGCACCAGCCAAUAGCUCACCAAAUACAGGAUGAUUCACAUAAUUUUUCUGCACAGCAACGAUUUAGUAGCAAUGAAAGUAACCCAAGCUUAUGCCAGGAUCAUGCACAAACCUCUGAUGAACUCAGUGGCCGUUGCUCUCCAUUCUGUCGACCUAGAUCAAGAAGUCUCAGUAGUCCAGCUCGAUCUCCAUGUUUUGAAAAUGAAAAUCUUUUGCUAAAUAACAUGUAUAGGGAACGAUUCCCUAAGGCUGUUAAGCAAAUGGAAGAGAACCUGCAGAAUUUUAUAGAACAAAAUAGGGAAUUUGAACCUCAUAGCGAAUUUGAAUGUGAUGGUGUAAUCAGUUUUGUUCAUAGACAACUAAUAGAGCUGACUCAAAAUUGCUUAGAUAAAUCAAGAGAAAAUAACUUAUCCAGUAAUUACUUUUAUGAGUUAAGCGAAAACAUGGAAACAUUGUUGAAAGAGUGUAAAGAAAAGUCUCCUCUUAGUGCCCCCUAUAUAGGAAAAUUAGUGCAAAAAAUUUUAAUGAUCAUAUCAAGGUGCGCCAGAUUACGAGAGUGCCUGGAAUUCGAUCCGGAAUACUUCAUUCAGCUAUUAGAGGUGGCAGACCGUAAAGCAAAGCUUCAGAGAAAAAAUGAUAUUCCUCAAUACAUUAUUUCACAAUUAGGACUGAAUAAAGAUCCACUUUCCACCGAUGACCCUGAAUUAGUAAACGCAGACUUCGUACAAAUCGAAGAUAAACUUGAUGAUGGUGUUAGAAGCCGAAAAGCAUCUGGACAGUUAAAAGGACCAUCAGAGGAUGAUUUUGAAACAGUUAAACUAAUUAGUAACGGUGCUUACGGGGCUGUAUAUUUGGUCCGUGAAAAGGAUACUGGUCAUCGAUUUGCCAUGAAGAAAUUGCUCAAAACGCAUUUAGCUUUAAGAAAUCAAGCUUUAAAUGCUUUUACAGAAAGGGACAUACUCUCAUUUACGGACAAUCCGUUUGUUGUAUCCUUUUACUGCAGUUUUAAUACAAAGAAGCACUUGUGCUUAGUCUUGGAAUAUGUUGAGGGAGGUGACUGUGCAUCUUUGCUGAAAAAUAUUGGUGGGCCUUUGCCAGUAGAUAUAGCAAAAUUAUAUUUCGCAGAAACUGUUCUUGCCCUCGAAUAUCUUCAUAAUUAUGGGAUAGUACACAGGGACUUGAAGCCAGAUAAUUUACUCAUAACGGCAACGGGACAUAUAAAGCUAACUGAUUUCGGUCUUUCAAAAGUUGGAUUAAUGAAUUUAACAACGAACAUGUACGAAGGAAGUUUAGAUGCAGAAACACAGAUGUUUAAAGACAAACAAGUAUUUGGAACUCCAGAAUAUAUUGCGCCAGAGGUUAUACUGAGACAAGGCUAUGGAAAACCUGUUGAUUGGUGGUCUAUGGGUAUAAUUCUUUAUGAAUUUCUUAUAGGUUGUGUGCCAUUUUUCGGAAGAACACCUGAGGAAUUAUUUGUUCAAGUUGUUUCUGAUAAACUAGAUUGGCCAGAUGAAGAUGAAAGGCCACCUGAAGAUGCCAUAGACUUAGUGGAGAAGUUGUUAAUAAGGAAUCCGGUUGAAAGACUAGGGACAGCAGGAGCUUUUGAAGUAAAACAGCAUACUUUCUUUUACACUCUUGAUUGGCAUGAUUUGCUAAAACAAAAAGCUGAAUUUGUUCCUGAACUAGAAGGCAUAGAUGACACAAGCUAUUUUGAUACCCGGGAAAAAAGAUACUGUCACGAUGAUGAUGGUGAAAGUGAAGAAGAAGCCAAUGAUCCUCUCUAUGAUUCAUACUCAAGUUUAUCUACUAGCUAUACAAGGAUUCAUUGCGAUUCGGUAUCUUCAACAUCAUCAAUUUCUGCUACUCCUCCUCGAUCAGAAGAUGGCUUAGAAUCAUCUCCAAAAUGUAAUUCCGUUUGUAAAGAGGAAAUUGAGCGAAAAAACUCAAAUGUUAGCUCAUUUUCUGACACAUCAUCUGUAGAUAGUUCCAAUUUUUCCCCAUUUGUCUCUCGAUCGAACUCAAAGGAAGACCAUCACCGAUUUGUGCGACAGACACCAAUAUCUAAAGAAGACUUUUCUGAUAACUCGGCAAGUGGAUCGUCUCUCAAUUCGUCUUUAAAUUCGGGUUUCGCCUCUUUGAAGAUAGAAGGAGAGCAAACGAACACCACCAAUUCCGUUAAGAAAGGGACGAUUCCUGAAGUUAAUAUACAUUUGGAAGAUGAAAAAAAGAACGUUAAAGGAAAACCGAUUUUGGAAAAAAAAGAAGAAUCUGAAGUAUUAAAUAGAGGGACGGAAAGACAGUCUUCAAUAAAGAAGAGGCAAACAAAAGAAUUAUCACCAGUUCAUGAAAGGAGAAAAUCAGAACAAUGUGAAGUUAAUGAUCUAAAUGAUCACGGCAAGAAGAAUUCUCCUAAGCUCAGACAUGUUCCUGUCAUUGGUAGCACAUCGCCCGGUAGACCGCGCUCAAAGAGUACUAGUGGAAAUUCUCAGAAGAGUAAAAGCUCUCGCCUCUCCUUAUCUAUUCCAAAUACACAGUCAUCGGAAGGUAUUAUGACAGCACCAAUUCAGUUACAAUCACCAGGUGCUUCAAGCAAUAGUUCGCGGGAUGGUUCACCCAGUCGGUCAACAGAUAUGGGUCUUUUAGCUUUUCUACGGCCUCCCUUAGUAAUCGAAAAGGGACCAAGAGGAUUUGGCUUUUCACUAAAGAGUGUUAGAGUGUACUAUGGUGACUCUGGUCAUUACAUUAUGCAGCAUUUAGUGGGAUCUGUUGAAGGAGAAAGUCCUGCAUUUGAGUCGGGAUUAAGAGUAAAUCAUGUUAUUACACAUGUUAAUGAAAAAGAAGUGAUCGGAAAGCAAAACACAGAUGUAAUUGCUAUUCUGCUAUCUUGUCGUUCAAAAGUGACCCUGAGAACAGUACCUAUCGAACAAACUCAUAUAAAAGUUGGAAAACGAAGACACGGACCACUACAGAGUAAAAUGAUCCGAAGAAGACACAAAUUGGUUAGAACUUCUUCAUCUGCAAGUACAAAAGGAAGGCGAUCGGGAGGUAGUAGCAGGAGUCACAGUUUUCUCAAAAAGCUUAGUAAAUCUUCCAGAGGAUCAGAAGAAUUAAACGACAGCUCAGCAAGUAGCUCAUCUCCAACAAGUUCAAGUCCGUCAUCGCCAGCGAGUUUCUCUCGUCCUUCAUCACUAUCUGUAGUUAAACACCAAAGAAUCCAUGGGAGUGGCACUGGAAAGAGUCCUAGAAGGCAAAGUGUUCAUAAUAUCCCUCUCAGCCCCUUAGCUAGACCAUCUUCACCAGCAUUAAAUUCUUCUGUGUCACCUACUAGAUCUACAUCUCCUCUGACAAUUCCUCAUGGACCACCCCCUGGAAUAUCCAAUUGCCCUCAAACUUACUCACCUUCUCCUCAAGGUCAAGGUCAGAGUGGAGUUAGUAUGCCCACUUUCAGAAGAAAGAGUAGUGGAACUUCAUCAACAAGACCGAAAUCUGUAAUUAACGAAUCGAGUACUAAUUCACCCGGAGCCUCUCCCCUGCUUCGUAGAACAUUAUCUCCUGAUUUGUUGCAUCCUAAUUCCAGUCGCACUCGACAUCAUCGACUUUCUAUGCCACCCAAGACAACUAGUAACUAG